AUGGGGGAUGUAGGGAUCUACAGCAAGAUUGCACCACAGAUGACCCCAAAUGUUAACCCCAUGAAGUCGUCACAAAGUCACUCCAUGAGUGCUCCAAAUAUAACCUCCUCACAAGAUGUGUCCUUAGUAGACAACAGUGCUUCAGGGGAUGUAGGGAAAGAUAACUACAGGAAGAGGCCACAUAGUACACCACAGAUGACCUCAAAUGUUAACCCCAUGAAGGUGUCACAGAGUCGCAUGAGUGCUCCAGAUAUAACCUCUUCACAAGAUGUGUCCUUAGUAGACAACAGUGCUUCAGGAAUGACGAGGUUAAAAGACUUGCGCAUGGGACAGAUUAGACGUCUUCAAAAGAUCUGGGAAGAGCGCAUAAUGAUGAAGGGCAAAGAGUGGGAUGAUGUUUUGCCUGAUGACAUUACCUACGAUGAUAGUGUAAAGAUAAAUGCAAGCAAGAAUCCCUUCAGAGAAUUUUUUAACCUGCUGGUAAGUUAUGGAUGGACCUUGGGGAGUUUUAUGGAAAUGGUUAAGGACAUCGCUAGUGACGAGGUGUACGGUGAAGUUUGCAGUGUUGUGGGAUGGAAUCCUCCUAGCUCACCGGGGGCUGUUGGUGGAAUUGAUGAGGAGCCCAAAAUUAUAAACAAGCCAGAAACUCCAGUAUUCGAUCAGCCACCUGAAGAAUUUCAGGUAAAUCCAGGCCAAUCACUGGAAACAGAUGGAAGUUCUCAGCAGCCUGGCAGUGACCAAGAUGAAACACCAUGCAGUCAGACGCCAGAUCGAAUCAUCAAUGUUUUGCAGCCUCCAUUACGACCAAAUAAUGCAAUGGCUAGUUGUUUGAAAACAGAGGAUACUCCUAGCAGUUCAGAGCAAACAUGGCAAAGGGGGAGCAGAGCUAGUAGACCCACUGGAUCUGCUGCACGAGACCAGCGGCCGAGUAGUCAAAUUGAGAGUUUUCCUCUUCACAGAGUAGUUUGCACGAACCCUGAGUUGAGCAGUCGUGGUGACCACAGUCAAUCUAGUGAAGGCCAAGGCAGCUUACCUAGAGGUGUCCAAGCACAGAGUGACACUGAUGGACAACAGGCUGAGAAAAGUCCAGGGAUUGAUGCUGAAUACAUUAGGGAGGAUAUCUCUGCACAAAGUCCUAUCAGUGGUCAGGAAUCCAAGCCAUUGCCCUCAGGAGGGGCAUCUGUAAGGGCAGAGAAGAGCAGUGUCCAAGCAGAAAGCGACACUCAUGGUCAUCAAGCUGAGAAAAGUCCAGGGAUUGAUGCUGAAUACUUUAGGGAGGAUAUCUCUGCACAAAGUCCUAUCAGUGGUCAGGAAUCCAACCCAUUGCCCUCAGGAGGGGCAUCUGUAAGGGCAGAGAAGAGCAGUGUCCAAGCAGAAAGCGACACUCAUGGUCAUCAAGCUGAGAAAGGUCCUGGCCUGGAAGCAGAAAGGCUGCAAGAAGACAUAUCAGCAUCGUGUCACAGUGAGACAAAAGCAUUACCAAUUCCCUCUGUGGAGGAUCCAGAAGGAUUUCAGGCAGAGAAGUGUCCUGAUGUGGAGGCCCAAAGACUCCAGGAGGACCGACGUGCUGAAGAGGAAUUAGGUUUCAGGAACAUACAAGAAGAGUCUGAAAGAAUUGGGAUGUGUACAGCCACUGGGCACAGUUCUAAUGCCAGCAGAAAUGGACUUGUAGGUACUGCCCUACCUUUGCCUCCCAGUGGUGACCUUGUAGAGACUACUGCUUCCAGUUUACCACCAGGAGAUGCACAAACUUCUACUAAUGCCAGCUCUGAAGUUACAAAUACCGCUGCCUCAGGUUUAUCACCAAGAGAUGCACAAACUUCCACCACUGCAGACUGUGAAGCUACCACUGCUUUCAAUUUCCAAUCCACACACAGUUCUGCGUCUAGAUCUACCAUACUUAACAAUUUGUCCAGUCAAGAUCACAAAGCCUAA